AUGGCAUCCACCGACGAGCUCGAAAAGGCGCUGGUGGCUGCCGCCGACACCGUCUUCCGCAGCGACCGCAGCAACCUGACGGUCAAUUUUGUGCGGAAGCAGGUCGAGGCGGAGCUGGGCCUCGCCGACGGCUUUUUCAAGUCGGACGAGUGGAAGGCCAAGAGCAAGGACAUAAUCCAGACAGCAGCAAACAAGCUGCUCGACGCCGAGGAUGAUACUGUAGGCCCGGCAUCUGCUGCCGAGGAGAAGCCCGCUGCCGAACCCGAACGGAAACCCAAAGCCCAACCCGUCAAGAAAGAAGCAAAGCGGCCCCCACCCAAAAAGGCCGCCAGCAAGAAGAGGCCCCCACCCAAAAAGGCCGCCAGCAAGAAGAGGAAGGUUGUGAGCGACGACGAGGACGAGGACGAGGAUGAAGGCGACUUUGACGGGGACGACGCGAGCGACGACUUUAGCGAUGCACAGUCAUCAGACGACGACGGUGGCGACAGCGACAGCGCCAGCGUGGACGAGGACGAGGACGACGAGUUUGAAGGGGAGAGCGCCAGCCGGCGCAAGAAAGCCAAAGUCGGCGGCAGCAAAAACAAAAAGUCGGCCAAGCCUAACCCUAAGCCGAAGCCCAAACCUAAGCCUAAGAGUAAGGCGGUUGCAGCACUGGCCGAGUCGGGUGCAUCGUCUCCGCUGAGCGAGCUCGUGAGCGAAGAGAGCGAAGACGUCGACAGGGACGCGAGUGGCGGUGCCGAUGGCAAGGACGAUGGCGACGACGACGACAACGAGAGCGAAAUGUCGGAUGUGAUUGAUGACACCCCGCCAAGGCAGAGAGCAAAGAAGGGCGAGGGCAAAUCGAAGUCGAAGGCGGCACCGAAACCAAAGAAGCGAAAGGCCGAUGACGACGGCGACAACGGUUCCGACAGCUCGCUGUCUUCGGUGCUCGACGACCCCCCGGCAAAGCGCAAGAAGGGAGCGACCGCGGCGGCGGCGGCGGCAGGCGUCUCCCCCGACGACGCCGAGGUCAAGAAGCUCCAGGGCCAGCUCGUCAAGUGCGGCCUGCGCAAGAUCUGGGCGUUUGAGCUGCGCAAGUACGGCGACGACACCAAAGCCAAGAUCCGCCACCUUAAGGGCAUGCUGCGCGACAUUGGCAUGGACGGCCGGUUCUCCGAGUCGCGUGCACGCGAGAUCAAGGAGCGGCGCGAGCUCGAGGCAGACCUGGAGGCCGUGCAGGAGAUGGACCGCAGCUGGGGUCUGCACUCGAGCAGCGGACGGCCCUCGCGCAGCCGGGCGCCUAGGAAGUCGCUCAAGGAGACGAGCUCCGAAGACGAGGACGAUGAGGCCGGGGGCGGCGGUGACGAGCAGGGUGACGAUGAUGACGAUGCUGAGACAAAGGCCGACAACAAGGGCAGCGCUUCUAAGAAGAGCGGCGACAAGGAUGACGGCAGAGAUGACGGUGACGACGACGACGACGACGACGACGACGACGACGACGAUGCCCCCAAGACGACGGCCAGGAGGAGUCGGUUCGGCGACCUGGCGUUCCUAGGAUCCGAAAGCGAGACCGACUCGGAGUGA